GCUGGCGGGUGCGGCGAGGCGGCCCCUUCGAGCGCGGUAGUCUGUUCAGUGAGGAGAGCGAGGACGCUUACGCGCUCUCGGCCACCUUCCCUUCCCGGGGAGAUGUCCUUUGCUUCUCAGAUGUAAUGCACUUUAAGUUUGUUAUUCAACAGUGAAAAUGAGUCAUACAGAGGUUAAAUUAAAAAUACCUUUUGGAAAUAAAUUACUAGAUGCUGUUUGUUUGGUACCUAACAAGAGCUUAACAUAUGGAAUAAUUCUUACACAUGGAGCGUCAGGAGAUAUGAACCUUCCUCAUUUGAUGUCACUGGCAUCCCAUCUUGCAUCUCAUGGUUUUUUUUGCCUGAGAUUUACCUGUAAAGGCCUUAAUAUUGUACAUAGAAUUAAGGCAUAUAAAUCAGUUUUGAAUUACCUAAAGACCUCAGGAGAAUACAAACUGGCAGGUGUUUUCCUUGGUGGUCGUUCAAUGGGCUCAAGAGCAGCUGCUUCUGUAAUAUGCCAUAUUGAGCCAGAUGAUGCUGAUGAUUUUGUUCGAGGUCUCAUUUGUAUUUCUUACCCACUGCACCAUCCAAAGCAGCAACAUAAACUUAGAGAUGAAGAUCUCUAUCGUAUAAAAGAUCCUGUAUUGUUUGUGUCAGGCUCAGCGGAUGAAAUGUGUGAAAAGAACUUGUUGGAGAAAGUGGCACAGAAAAUGCAAGCUCCCAAUAAAAUCCACUGGAUUGAGAAGGCAAAUCAUUCCAUGGCAGUGAAAGGACGAUCAACAAAUGAUGUUUUCAAAGAAAUAAACACACAGAUUUUGUUUUGGAUCCAGGAAAUCACUGAAGUGGACAAGAGAUAAUUGUAUCUAGCUACAAACUACAUUAUUUUUAAUACAAAUACAGUUCAUUUGAUAAAGAACAGCAUACCUCUCAGCAUUAUGAGAUAUUUCAGAUGAAGUUAAUGUUCUUUAAUGUUUCCCCCAUUUUUAAAACACAUUUUAAUUGUGAAAUUAAUGUCCUUUAUAAAAUGUCUUUUGAAAGCACUGUUAUAGUUGUAUAAAGAUGAUGUACAAAUAUUGAAGUGGCCUAAAUAUAAUUUAUUUUCAUUAAUAUAGUUAAGUUUUGAAAAAAAAAUUAAACAUUUGAAUUUUGUUACAGUGGAA